AUGAACGACAAUCAAUCAUAUCAUAUGAAAAGAUCUUUUAAGUAUAUGUGCUUUUAAAAUUAAGCACAUCAUUUCAACAAUUUAAUAAAUACAAAGCAUUGUAUAGAAAAUAGAAUGAAUUCAAAGUCUCCUGUAUUUAAAAAAAUAUCUCCAAGUAAGUAAGUAGGAUCCACUUACAAAAUGAAUCAAAAGAGAAGAAAAGAAGUAGAUAGGACUAUUAAUAUUGAAAAUUAAAAGCUUCUUAAAAAGCUUUAAGAAAUAAUGGAACCUAAAGUAAAUAGCAGAGGCAAACAUUCUAAUUAAGAUGGUUUAAUAUAUGCUAGGCUUUCUUCAGCCCAAAAUGGGCCAAGAUCUAACAGUAAAAACUCUAAUUUAAAUUAAUUAAGUGCUUUAAAUAACUCUUAAAUAAUUAAUGGCGGAAUAACAGUUGGCUCUUAUAAUCAAAAAUCUUAAUCUCCUUCUUCAACACUAAGAAAUACUGGAUCUACAAUUAACAACUUUACUCACUCUGUUAUGAUUACUCAGAAUUAAAAUACGUUUUAUAAUGGAACAACAAAUUACAACUCUACUAAUUCUAACUUUAAAAAUACGACUAAUAAUACUUGUAAUAUCAAUCCAAGUUAUGAUCAUAGCAAAAGCAAAAUAUUAAACUAAACAGCGAAUAAUUUUAAUACAUCAUACAAAAGACAAAGUGAGUUAAAUACUAUCGAAAGAGAAAAUAUUAAAAUAGCUAAAAAAAUAACAGAAUGCAAGCCUGCUGUCGGUACUAUGGACGAAUGGAAUUAACAUUAUCUUAAAUUCAAACAGAAUUCAACUAUAAGAAGAGUCAUAACAACUACAGGUUGUAAUUCUGCAUAUGAAUCAUAAUCUUAUUUACCUCAACCAAGUAACUUUAGCCCUGCAGUUACUAAUUAAAAAAACGCAAAACCAUAUAUUUAUAUCCCAAAUAUUUAAAAUAUGCAAGCAUAGUAUUAAGAAUUUAUCAAAAAAAAUAAGCUAUAUUCAAAUGGAAAUCAAAUAGAUUAAUAGAGGAUUUUCAUGUCUCAUUUUAACUCUGUUUCAAGAAAGAGAUAAAGAAAUAUAUCUGCACACACAGGAUCUGUAAAUGGUUAAAUAACUACCAUAGAAGGAAUGAGUCAGAAAGACCUGCAGUCCCCUAAUCUUAACGGUAUAUAUGUCUCACAGUCCUAAAUAUGCACAUAAUAAAAUGGAUUUACAAAUUUAAAUAGCUCUCAAUUAAGGUAAAGAAGCAAUUUACAGAGUAAAAAAAGUAGCGAAGAUUUAAUGCCAAACAAAAUCAAUAAUUACAGAAGAAGCCUAACAACUUAUCAAGGAGAUUAAAGAGUACAUUAUAGCAAAAAAGAAAAUGAAGCUAAUCAAGAUAAUGUUUAAAAUGACAAUUAGCAAGAUUUAAAAAUUGGAUUCAACACGAAGAAUUGUUAAUUUUCUGACAAUAAAUAAAAUAUUGAAUUGAUUGAUUUUGAGCAGAUGCAAAAUGAUAAUCAAAAUAUAAAAAAAUAAAAUAACGGAUAUGCAUUUAAUGAUUAAGCUAACUCUUCUUCCUAUAAGUAUUUCAGCUAAUAAAAAGUUUAGAGUCAAGGAAAGUAUAAAAACAGAACAAAGUAUAUGGAAAGAAGUUUAAUUGAUCCAAGAAGCAUUGAAUUUGAAAAACUAAAAAAUUCUUAAUUUGACUUUAGGAGUAAUAAAUAUAAAAGUAAUUAAUGGCAGUCUAAUAAUAUAUAUAAAAAUAACUUUAUGUAGCAAAGUCAACCAUUUUAAGCAAAAAAUAAAAGAAUUUUAAGUGAACUUGGAUUCUCAGAUGAAGAGAAUGGAAACGAAAAUAAUAAAUAGAAAUAAGAAGAUGAAAUUUCAGGAUUAAUUAACAUAAAUAUGCUUAAUUAAUUUUAGAAUGAUGAUAAAUCUAACAUUGAAAACUCAGAUAAUUUUGAUGAAAAAAUUAAAUAAAUUUAAGAAAAAUAUAUUCAGUUAGAUUCUUAAAAAGAAAAUAACAUUUUAAACUAACAAAAUACUUCAUAAACUAUUAUAAAAAAUGAUGAAUAUAAAUCUGAAAUUUUACCUCUAAGGAACUCACAAGACUAAAAAAACUUUUAACUUUAUCAUAUAACUUAAAAAGCUGAAUAAUAGAUAUAAACUGAUAAAGAAAACAAAGAAAGUGCUAUUUGA